CUCUCUUUUUUUAAUGUGGAUGUCAUUCUAGUUGUUCAGGAAACUGUGACGUUGACUCGGUCUGGGCAGGGGAGGAGGAUCAGAACCUGCUUUCAGCUACAAAGAGCUCCUAGCUACAUUUCCCAAUCGAGAGGCUCAGUGGAUGCUGAAGCUGGCCACCAUGCAGCAUCCGUGGAUGCACACCCGGAGGACACUCCUGGCUCUGUCCCUCCUCCUCUUUACGGAAUCCUUCGUCCAAGGUUUUCCAGCCAGAAGGGCAAGAUACCAUUGGGUUCGAUGUCGCCCAAAUAGUCUUUCUGCCAACUGUAUUGAAGAAAAAGGACCAUGGUUCAACAUGCCUGAAGGGGAAGAUAAUGGGAUCAUCAAUCCUCCAAUGGAUGCAUAUCUAAUAAAGAGACCCAGAGACAUGGAUGAAAAGUUCCUUUUCUCUGAGGAGGAUCCCUGGUCUGUCUCAGGCUCUGGCUCAGGCUCUGGCUCUGGCAGUGGCUCUUCGACUGAAAUAGAAACAGAACCGAUAGAUGAAGAAGAUUUCUACAACUUCAGACCCUCGGACGAUGAGAAUGUCGGACAAGAACUCACAGAGGAAGAACUGAUCAUAUAGACAUGGAAGCUCUCCUGCACUGAAGGCUGACCAGACUCUUCUGGGGGAUACAGAUAAGAAACAAUUAGCUCCCAGACAAAGGGCAUUGUAAAAACCAAAACCUUCUGGAAGAGCUCUUUCUGUCUAUAUCACUUUUUCCUCAGUACAAAUCUUAACCAAAUGUACAUUUUUACAUGAAUGCAAUCACCACCCCCUCUGUUUGCUCAUGCACAAAAACAUCUCCAGCCUCCAUGCCUCUGCACAGGCUGUGCUCUAUGCUCAGAUCUCCUGGAAUGUGUAUCUCUAGCGCUACCUCUUGGGAUCCUUUCUACCUCCCCUUAAGACUUAGCUCAGAUGCAGCUGCCUUCAUGAAGCCUUUCCUGAUCCCCUCAAUUAUUAGAGUUCUCUAUUUCCUUAAGAAAUUUUGUAUUCAUUUAUCUAUGACACCCAUUCUAUCUCCCCCACUAAAAUGUAAUCUCCUUGAAGGCAGGAACUGAUUUUAUUUUUUUUUCCUUUGAAGACUUCAGUGCUUUGCACAUAGAUGUGUUUAAUAACAUUUUCUUAAAUUGAAUAUAGAACAGUGGAGCUAGAAGAGAUCUAGAAAUUAUCCCAUCCACUCCACCCUAUUCCCAUUUACAAAUGAAGGAAUUGAGGUGCACAGAGGCAAAGUCACUUAUCCAGCAUCAUAGCUGGUAGAGAAGCAGGGGUAGGAUUCUCACAAAGUACUUCGGGGAGCAGGUCCAUUGUGUCUGCUGUCACGAUCUCUGAGUGUUUCCUCUGUGUAUACUCAGGAAAUCAUGGAGCCCUGUCGGCCUAGAAUAGUAGGGUCAAACAACCAGAAACAGGGUCAUUAAAUCAUACAUGAGGAUCCCCAGGGACUGCCAUUAAUUUAGAAAGAAAUAAACUAUCUGUGUUUUAUUGCAUCUUUAUUUUCUGUGUUAGAUAUUCUCUAGUUAGUUUAAUGUAGUUCAGGCCAUACUAAGGAAUGUUGCUGUCACAUCUUAGGCCAUCAGCAUGUUUAACACCCCUAGUCUGAGUUGCCUGAGGUUCACAAGAAUGAUUUAAAGGGAAAAAAAUGAACUGGGAUUUAAAAAUUUUAAAUAUAUCCAUUUGAGAAGCAAAGUGUGGGGGAGAUGAUGUUAGUUUCUAAAUUCCCUCUUCUAUUCUUAGAGCUGUGAUUCCCUCAGAGAAUAAAUGCAUAAAAGUUUAGAUUUUCUUUUUGGGAAAUUUGAAAAGUAAUAGGUGCCUUAUAAAUUUACUAAUGUAUAUCUGGGGUUAGUCACAUAGCAUAGAACACAAUAUUGUCCCUUGUUUUAUUGGUUCCUAAGGCUCAUUAUCUUCCUGGAGUCCUAAAUCACUCUCAUCUUGAUAAUAUUUUGAAUGGUCAGAUUUAUAGCUUUUUCUGCAUCUAAAAUUGCUUCAUCUUCUUUCCUGGUAUUUGUAUAUGCUUAAUGUUUCCUAAUUAAAGCAAAUGACUGUAAAAUCAGAA